GCGCGUCGGGACUCGCUCCGACGCUCUUGGCGGGUGGAGGGAGAAAGCCACGCAUCGGUGGCGCGCGGCCAUUCGUCCACCAUGGCGACGGCCUCGCCUUCGUUGCGACACGGUCCGACCGGCUGUCGUCGCGAAGAUUCACGUACUGGCGCAUCGCAUGUGUGCGACAGAGACCCGGCCCCCUGUGCUUGCGCAUGUGGUGCGUGACCCAAUCAAAGUUGGGUUUGUCGACGCUGCGCUGGACAACCUCAUCGCGAUCGUGGAACACGAGGCGCAUUGUGGUUUUGGCGUCGCACAGGCUCGGCUACGACACCGACUUCACUCCGUUCGUUCAAUGGGCGCACAAUCCACGCGGCCGUGCGGCCACACGGCGCGCCGGCCGUUGACCUGGCACAGCGCAGACGCGACCGCUGCGGAACCCGCCAAGCGGUGCAAGCUCCCCCCGCAUCGGCUAGACCCAGACAGUGCGUUUGUCCAGGUGCGGUACCCCUGCCACUCGACGACAUGGAUUCGAGGAAGUCCAGUGUGCAUUGAGUGGACAGUACGGGACGAUCAAGUGCAGAAUGUCCGCAUCGAGCUUUGCCAAGUCGGAUCGGCGGUCUCGACCGUCCUGACGGCGUGUGCCCCCAACUCGGGCUGGUUUGUCCUUGAACGAGUGCCGUGGGGCGUGCUUGGCGACGGCUUUUACAUCCGCGUGACCGAUGCCGCUGCGUCGCAUGCCGUCCGCCAGGCACAGAGCCAAUUGUUUUGCGUCGCAACGACGCGAUGGCCGGUGCGGUAUCCCCAUCUCACGACCUCGUCCUCGACGCCGCCGCCGCCGCCGGCCCCCCACCUCGUCCGGUUUCCGUAGCCCGGCCACCCCCUCGUUGAACCUAUCUCUAUUUAUGCUCCAUUCAAUGGACAACUACCGUGAAACUUGUUGUGUGAGGUGCUGGUUGCACGGCUUGUCGCCACUGGUUUACAGCCAAUGCCGGGAUGUCGGUGACGGUCGGGGGACGGGAGGGAGAAAGGGAGUGGCUGCGGGGUGCCUGUGGCUGGGAUUCGCACGGUGGACGUACUGUACAAGAUGCGCGUCCGUCCGCGGCGAGAGGCGGGUCGCACCGUGGGCAGGGAGGUUGGCCUGCGACUGACGCCAGGAUGAGCGCGGCAUUUGGCCCAAGGAGUCAGCGCUGGUCAGCAUCCGUAAGCAACCUGUACACGUCUUCGAGCCGCUGGCCAGUGCCUCGACCAAGGCGAACCACCCGACGCGGCCGUGCGUUGUGUUAUCAAGUCGCGCGAGUUCAGACACGUUGCUCAUGUGGUCCGUGCAUGUGGAAUCAAAGCAUGCACUUGGUCCUGUCGACGCCAUGACGGAAUCGGUCGCGACCGACGGUCGCUCGGGUGGUGAUUUGUGGCGCCAAGAGAAUCAUGGUCAACUUGGCUCUCCGUACGAUGCAUCUCUCUCUCUUCAAACGAUUCAACUGUAUGUGUACAUCUGGUGCAUCGUCUAUGUUCGCCUCGACUCGCAGGGGUGGUCAGCACGGGCGAUAUACGCGAACUGGACGCACACGUGUGCCAUGCUAGCGCUGGCCUCCGCAGCCCGGCGCAUGGACGACCCCAGCCAAGGCAUCGAACACCAACACGCAGUCAAACUGUUCAUUGCACGCCAUGGAAUCCGCCGACAAGUCCAUCUCGUCGCUACUGACGAACGGGGCUAUAGGUGACUCCGUGGAAUGGACCGACGAGUGCAAACAACGAACAAGGACUAGGUCGUCCUCUCUCAGCCAUCCACUAAGCGUUCAACGCGACGGCUGGGUCGAAAUGAUCCAAGAUGAGGACGACGGCGGCUUCCAUCACGGCCGCGUUGUUUUUUUGGGCGAUCUUGAAUUGGUCGAGCUAUGGGGGACAUUUCAAACGUGUGCAUCGCCAACACGCAGUCGUACCGUCAAGUUGUCGCCCAACCCAUUCGCCAUGUUAUCAAC